UUCUCAGUUCUGUAAGUUUGACAGUGUUUUGAAAGGGCACGGAGAGCCAUACCAUUCUUUGAAACUCGAUUACUGUCAAUUCAACAUUAUAUAUAGACAAUCAAUGCAUAUUUCUAGAAAAUUAUUCACUAUACUUUUAAGACGGAACUAUUCACUUUCGAAAAUGGCGCAAACUGCUAAAAAGGACGAUAUAAUGGGUACGGCUAUCAAAAAUGGUGAAUUCGUGCGAGCACCGUCAUCUUUUCGAAAUUGGAUAACAGCCGACGGUUCGAGUGGAUUCAAGGCAGAAGCAGGGCGUUAUCACAUUUAUGUUUCUCUAGCUUGUCCAUGGGCGCACCGGACUCUUAUCACACGAAAAUUGAAAGGGCUGGAAGACGUUAUUUCGUAUACCGUCGUAGAUUUCUUGAUGCUGGACAAAGGAUGGAAAUUCAAUGACAAGGUCCCACAAUGCACUAAAGAUCCAAUAUUUGGAGCGGAAUAUCUGAGAGAAGUUUACAAUAUGGUUUCACCUGAUUACCAAGGUCGAAUAACUGUUCCAGUCCUCUUCGACAAGGAAAAGAAAACGAUUGUCAACAACGAAUCGAGUGAAAUAAUUCGAAUAUUGUCAAAGGAAUUCAAUGAAUUCUGUUCCGAUGAUCAGAAAAGAGCAGUAGAUAUCUAUCCAGAAGAUCUUCGUCAACAAAUCGAUGCAAUUAAUGAAUGGGUGUAUCCGACCAUCAACAAUGGCGUGUACAGGUCUGGUUUUGCUCGGACUCAGGAAGCUUACGAUAAAGCAGUCGGAGAUUUGUUUGAAAAUUUGGAUAAGGCAGAAGAGGUUUUAAGCAAAUCUCGAUAUCUGGUAGGUGACCGUUUGACUGAAGCCGAUAUUCGUCUGUUCACGACUCUUGUCAGAUUUGAUAAAGUUUACCAUGGACAUUUCAAGUGUAACAGAAGACAGAUUAAAGAUUAUCCUAAUUUAUGGGGAUAUUUGAGGGACUUGUACCAGACUCCUGGCUUUGGAGACACGACCGACUUUGACCAUAUCCGGAAGCAUUACAUGAUGAGUCAUACGAGUAUCAAUCCGUUUUCCAUUGUGUCAGUUGGACCGGAUCUUGACUUCAAUUCUGCACACGGAAGAGCUGAAAAAUUCUGCAAAUAGCAUAGACAUCUUCGUGAUUUGAAUAAAACGGAAUUUAAUUUUCCAAAAUACCGUA